GUCACAUGACAUCCUACAUUCUCACUGUGCAUGCGUGGCUCAGGAAGCGCGCAGCACGUCAAUCGCCGGUGCGCUGUGUCCCUCGGACACAGCGGAUCACGGAAAGAGCCGAAGAUGACGGCUCGGUCAUGUGAUCAGCUGUGUCCAAUCACAGCUGAUCACAUGGGACAUGUACACUGAUCAUCAGGGCACUGAUGAUCAGUGUUCCCUGAUGAUCAGUGUGGCCCCAGAAGUGCCACCUGUCAGUGCUCAUCAGUGCCACGUGCCAGUGCCCAUCAGUGCCACAUCAAUGCCACAUAUCAAUGCAUACCAGUGCACAUAUCAGUGCCCAUCUGAGCUGCCUUUCAAUGUCACCCAUCAGUGCCAGUCAGUGCCACCUAUCAAUGCCAAUCAGUGCCACCUAUCAGUGCUGCCAAUCAGCACCACCUGUCAGGGCCAGUCAGUGUCGCCUAACAGUGUGCAUCAGUGCCAGUCAGUGCCUCCUAUCAGUGUCAGUCAGUGCCGCCUAACAGUGCCAGUUAGUGCCGCCUAACAGUGCCAGUCAGUGCCGCCUAACAGUGCCAUAUAUCAGUGUCAUGUAUCAGUGUCAUGUAUCAGUGCUGCCUUUCAGUGCCCAUCAGUGAUGCCUGUCAAUGCCCAUCAGUGCAACCUACCAGUGCCUCCUCAUCAGUGCCAGCUAUCAGUGUCCAUCAGUGCAGUCUAUCAGUGCCCAUCACUGCAACCUCAUUAGCGCACAUCAGUGAAGGAGGAAAAUCGCUUAUUUACAAAAUU